AUUGAAAAGCCUACACCUAUCAAAUGUGGAACUUUUGGUGCUACAUCUCUGCAGCAAAGAUACUUAGCUACAGGAGAUUUUGGUGGAAACCUUAACAUCUGGAAUUUAGAAGCUCCAGAAAUACCAGUGUAUUCUGUGAAAGGUCAUAAGGAGAUCAUAAACAGUAUAGAUGGUGUAGGUGGCUUAGGAAUUGGGGAAGGUGCACCAGAAAUUGUGACUGGCAGUCGAGAUGGAACUGUGAAGGUGUGGGACCCAAGACAGAAAGAAACUCCUGUCGCCAACAUGGAGCCUGUGCAGGGGGAGAGCAAGAGAGACUGCUGGACAGUAGCCUUUGGCAAUGCUUACAAUCAAGAGGAACGUGUUGUAUGUGCUGGAUAUGACAAUGGGGACAUUAAAUUGUUUGACUUAAGAACCAUGUCACUACGAUGGGAGACCAACAUUAAGAAUGGGGUUUGCAGCUUAGAGUUUGACAGAAAAGAUAUCAGUAUGAACAAGCUGGUGGCCACAUCGCUCGAGGGGAAAUUCCACGUGUUCGACAUGAGAACCCAGCAUCCAACCAAAGGUUUUGCUUCUGUUUCAGAGUUCGCACAAAAAUCUACCAUAUGGCAGGUUCGGCACCUGCCACAGAACAGAGACAUAUUCAUGACGAGUGGAGGAGCUGGGAGCCUUCAUCUCUGGAAAUACGAGUACCCGGCCCAGCGCUCGAAGAAGGACUCUGAAGGAGCUGAGAUGGGGGUGGCAGGUUCCCUCAGUCUCCUGCAGAACGUGACUCUGUCCACGCAGCCCAUUUCGAGCCUAGACUGGAGCCCUGACAAAAAGGGACUGUGUGUUUGUGGUGCCUUCGACCAGACCGUGAGGGUGCUGAUAGUUACGAAGCUCAAUAAGAUUUGA